AUGCAGGCUGAUGGUCAUACCAUCAGCGAGGGGCUUUGCGUUGGGCUCCUUGCGCGCUGUGCGGAUGGCAAGUUCUUGAGCUUUGCCGAGGAGAUUGUCCGCUUCGUGCGUGCUGGCCCAGGGAUGAGCAUUGCCGUGUACAGUGGGUUGAUGAAAGUCUAUGCCUACUCUGGGAUGUACAGCAAAGCCUGUGACCUGUACGACCAGAUCCGCAAAGAUGGCCUCGAGCCAGACACGAUGAUGUAUGGCUGCCUCAUGAAGUUCUCUGUGGAGUGCGGUCGCACUCAGCUCUCACAGGAGCUUUCCGAGAAGCUCUCAGUCCUGGACAUCCAGAACUACAUGUCCUUGAUCAAAGCCGCGGGCAGAGACCGCGAUGUUGACAGAGCCUUUUCCAUCAUCCAGCGCCUUCGCGAGAACAAUGUCAAGCCGGAUGCUAUUGCCUUCAACUGCGUGUUGGAUGUAUGUGUAAAAGCCGGGGACCUUGGCCGUGCGCGAAAGCUGGUCCAGGAGAUGAAGGAGUUGGGCUUGCUUGACAUCAUCACCUACAACACCCUUCUGAAGGGAUAUUGCACCAAGAGCGACCUCAAAGGGGCCAAGGAACUCCUGUCCGAGAUGGCGGCCGCAGGCUUCGAGCCCAACGAUGUGUCCUACAAUUGCAUCCUGAACACUGCCGUGAACAACGGCAGCUUCGAGGAGGCCUGGGACACCAUCGCCAAGAUGGAGCAGAUGAAUGUGCCGCCGGAUCACUACACAGUCUCGAUUAUGCUCAAAGCUCUGAAGAGGGCAAAGGGGCAGAAAGAUGUGAAUCGUUGCUUGAACUUCUUGGAUCGAUCGCACAUCGACCCUUGCUCUGAUGAGAUUCUGAUGAACACUGUUCUGGAGACAUACAUUCGACACAAGGAGUUCAGGCGUCUGGAGAGUCUGCUUGCUAAAUUCGAACAGUCGAAUUUGCGUCCAUCAGUUCCCACGUAUGGCUCCAUCAUCAAAGCCUAUGCCAACCUGAAAUGUCCCGAGAAGUGCUGGCACUACUGGAAUGAAAUGCAAGGACAGCGGGGUCUGGAACCCAACGACAUCGUGUACGGCUGCAUGCUGGACGCCUUGGUCUGCAACGGACAAGUCGACGAAGCCGUGCAGCUCUUCGAGAAGAGCAACUUGAAGCCGAACGCGGUGCUUUGUUCCAUCUUGGUGAAAGGCUUCACAAACACCGGCCAGUCUCAGCGCGCCAUGGAUCUCUGGCACGACAUGCGGCGCAGAGGUGUGCGGAUGAACACCGCCGCCUGCAACGCCUUCGUGGAUGCGCAGGCUCGUGUGGGCAACAUGGAGGAUGUGCUGGAGAUUGUGAAGGCGAUGGAUGCCGACAACUGCCAGCCUGAUGGCAUCACACACUCGACCAUCGUUAAGGGCUACUCUGUCAGAGGUGAUCUGGACAAGGCCAUGGAAGUCCUACGCGGCAUGCAAGAGAGUGGUGUCUACCACGAUGCCAUCGUCUACAACACUAUCUUGGAUGGCUGUACUAAACAUAAGAGAUCGGAUCUUGUCGAUCAGAUUCUGCAGAGCAUGGAGGAGCACAGGAUUGUCCCCACCAACUUCACGCUUGGCAUUCUGGUGAAGUUCUACAGCCGCCAGAAGCAGCUAGACAAGGCCUUCGCCGCGAUGUCAUCGCUCCCAAAGCGCGGCAACUUCGUACCAAACUGCCAAGUUUGGUCGUGCUUAAUGGGUGCCUGUUUGAUGAAUGGAUCGCCGGCCAAGGCCUUGCAGGUCUUCCGCGACAUGCGACAGGCAGGUCAGAGUGCAGACACUCGUGCCUGCACAUCUCUCGUCUCGGGGUUGGUCCGAAUGGGCCAGAUGAGGGAGGCUGUUCAGGUGGUCGAGGAGGUCUACGGGUUCCAUGGCAAGGGCAUGAAGAACAAUGGCGUUGCUAUUGAACAAGACUGUUUGGAGAGCUUGCUGGCCGCUUUGGCCCAAAAGGGCCUCAGGGAGGAGCUAGCGGCACCUCUCCUGGAGCGUCUCCGUGCGGCGAAGGUCCAGAUCACUGGCAAGCUCAUGGCCGCCACCCUGGCGGAGGAGCGCUCCCCUGAACGUGCCACUACACGCCAGUUCAAGGGCGGUUACCGCGAGGGUUGCCGCUCCUGA